AUGCCACUGCCGAUCGCCGGCUGGGCAGUGGCUGUGGCUGCCGUGAGCGCUGUGGUCACAUACCUGGCAGGAAAUACGCAGUUUGCCCCCGGCGCAUGCUCUCGCCUGGAGGCUCAUGCCGGCAGUUUCCUGGUGGGCCAGGACCUGGCACUCAGGCUGGCCACCGACGCCAUCUGCGACCAUCUGGACGACCCAAACCCUGCCCGUCCCCUGAUCCUCUCUGCUCAUGGGCCGCCGGGCGUCGGGAAGUCGCUGUUCCACCUCUUGGCAGCCCAGGCACUGUACAGCAAGAACCCCAGCGAAGCCAUGAAAUGCCCCGGCCACGACUGCGCUGGUUACAAGGUCAUGUACGGCAUGGACUACGUGGCCUCCGAGCGGGCCGAGCAGCAGGGCCUGUUGCGCUCCGCCCUCAUAGACCACGUGCGGCGCACACCCGAGGCCCUGAUCGUGGUGGAGGAGUACGACAAGCUGGACUGCGGCAUGCGCGGCUUCUUCCGCCAGUUCCUGGAGAACGGUGCGGUGGGGAACGUCACCCUUAAUAAGGCCAUCAUCCUGCUGGAGUCCAACCUGGGCUACCUGCAGCUGCUGGGCCUGCUCAAGGCCAGCCGGAGCAGGGCAGAGGUGACCGCGGAGCAGGCCCAGCGCGUGCUCAAGGACCUCAUCUUCGAGCGCUGGGAGCGGCAGGCGUGCGAGGACCGCACCGACACCCUGAAGAUGGUGGGCCUGGUCGACAUCUUCCUCCCUUUUUUCCCGCUGGAGGCCAGCCACCUGCGCGCCCUGUUCGAGGCCCGGCUCGAGCGCCGCAGCCAGGCCCUGGCCCAGGCGGGCGUGGGGCGGCUGGCGUGGGACGCGGCUGUCCUCGAUUUCCUGAUAUCCCAUGUGGAGUUCGACGGCGCGUACCCGCUGGAGGGUGCCAAGGAGGUGGCGGUGGUGCUGACCAAGACCGUGUCCCGCCCCGUGCGCCGUUGGGCUGAGGAGCAGCAGCGACGCCAGGCCCCGGCCUCGACAGGAAAAGGGGAGGGCACGGACGUCCCGCACUGCGCGCUGCAGGUGGUGAAGCCGCUGGGCCGACCCCGGCAGCUGGUCUGCGCCUGA